CACACUGGUAUCGGUGCUAAUGUGAGUGCUUACCAGAGAUUUAGCCAGCUCGUCGUUUCGCGAAUGAAAGAGGCUCCGUUCAAUUGCGUUGAGGAAUGCCAGGGAGAAGAAUAUGCAGCUGCAGCGACAUAUGCCGGACAACUUCAUGAUUCGUUUUAUGCAUAUGCUCGCGGACUCAAUGCUUCCCUCAAAAAGGACCCUAACAGUUACCGUAACGGAUCGUUUCUUUUUAGCAACAUGGUGAUGUCGUUUGAAGGUGAGCUCAUCUCUUUUUGCUCGCCACUACUCUUCGCCGCCUCGCCUUACAUAAGCAGCUGUCCUGUUGACCCUCUGAAGGCCUAUCUUGCCUUCAUAAUUGGCUCAGCUGUGCUGGUCCUACUCGUAAUAGUCUUUUUGGCCAUUUGCUCUUACUACGUGAUUCGCAUGAAAAGGAGAGAAACCGAACGUUUGAAUCAAAUGUGGCGCAUACCUUUUGUAGCACUCGAAGCAGCAAAGGGAAAAAAAGGAGAGCACAGCCAACGAUCCUUCCAUAGUGGCUCCAGCUCAACGUCUACAAGAAUUUCAGUGGAAAAUAAAGUGGAGACAAGAAAUUUCAUUUUCUAUCUCUAUCAGAAAGAGAGUGUGGCUGCAAUGAAACAUGAAGCAAGGGUACAACUAGAUCCUCAGGACUGCUUGGAGCUGAGGAAGAUGCGGGAAUUCGAGAACGAAAGCCUCAACCGAUUCCUGGGACUAUGCCUCGAUGGACCACAACUGCUUUCUAUAUGGAAAUAUUGCUCUAGAGGAAGUGUAAAUGAUGUGAUCAAUGGAGGAACAGUGUCACUGGAUAACGUCUUCAUAUUCUCACUGCUACGCGAUAUUGCAAACGGAUUGGCCUUUAUUCAUGGGUCGAUGCUACAGUAUCAUGGUUAUUUGACUUCUGAAUGUUGUCUGGUCGAUGACCGCUGGCAAGCCAAAAUUUCCGAUUAUGGUCUGAGAAAGAUUCGAGCAUAUGACAAACGUCCUCCCGAAGGUAAGUCCUGGAAAUAUGCUAAUAACUUAUUAUGGACUGCACCAGAAGUAUUGCGAAUGGAAUGCGAUGGAUCUCGCGAAGCUGACAUUUAUAGUUUUGGUAUCAUUUGUGCCCAACUGGUCUCGAGAAGUUCUCCAUGGGAUAUAAAUAAUCGAAAAGAAGAUGCAACAGAGAUUCUCUAUUUGGUGAAAAAAGGAGGGCAUGCACAUCCGCGUCCUCCUCUGAACGUCAACACUGACCUCGAAAUUGAGCCUGCUUUGCUUCAUCUUAUCCGUGAUUGUUGGGCUGAGCGGCCAUCGGAAAGACCAUCAGUGGAUGUGCUGAAGUCGAACCUCAAGUCUAUGGACCCAAACAGGCAAGUGGCAGAAAAGCUGAAGCUCGGUCAGUCUGUCGAACCGGAAACUUUUGAUAGCGUGACCGUAUUUUUUUCCGAUGUGGUAUCUUUCACGAAAAUUGCCGCCAAGUGCACUCCGUUGCAGGUCGUCAAUCUGCUAAACGACCUCUACACAAUAUUCGACGGAAUAAUUGAUGCCCAUGACGUCUAUAAGGUAGAAACAAUAGGUGAUGGGUACCUCUGCGUGAGUGGAUUACCUCACAGGAACGGGAAGCAACACAUAAAUGAAAUAUGUAGCAUGUCACUCGACUUUAUGGACAGUCUCAGGAACUUCAAAAUACCUCAUCUUUCUCAUGAUGGCGUCAAUCUAAGGAUUGGAGUGCACACAGGUUCUGUGGUGGCUGGCGUGGUGGGGUUGACAAUGCCACGAUACUGCCUGUUCGGUGACACCGUGAAUACAGCAAGCAGAAUGGAAAGCAAUGGAAAACCUGGAAAAAUUCAUCUCUCAUUUGAAGCUCAACUCCUUCUGGCUGAAAUAGGAGGAUUCGAAGUUGAAUCAAGAGGAGAGGUUAUAAUUAAGGGAAAAGGUGUGAUGGAGACCUUCUGGCUUCUUGGAAGAGUCGGAAGUGUUCACCGUACUUCAAUCGAGAAAAUCCCUUUGAAAGAAACAGGUGCAGAAGAACUUCAAAAGACGGCUCCUUCUUCAAGGCGUAACUCGACCGAGCACAGAGGAAUAUACGAGGACUUUAAAAGGAACGAAGAAAUGCGGAUGCUUUAA